AUGUCUCUCUCCUCCUACCUUGCCAAAAAUUACCUCACCGCCUCCAGCCCCUCUUCCAGUACCCCCAAAGACAAAAAGCGCAAACGCAAGGCUGCCGCGCAAACCGGUCUCAUAAUCGCCGAUGAUGACGCUCCCGGCUGGUCCAAUCCUCAAGACCAUGCCUCCGACGAUGAUACCCCCAUGAUCACCAGCCAUAGCACCUCGGAAUUUCGCAAAUCCAAAAAAUCAUCUUGGAAAACCGUCGGCGUACCUGCUCUCCAACCACAAAAUGAAGACACCGCCGAGGCAGACCGGAUAAUCCAGCAAGCCGCUGCCGAGAACUCUGCCGCUCUGCACGCCGACGAAGAACCUACUAUUGAAGAGACCCGCGGCGGGCUUCAAACUCGCGAUGAAGCAGCCGCGCAAGCUGAGAAGAAAAAGCGAGUUGAAGCCGCGCAAUGGGCGCGCGAAUCUGGUUCGGGCAAGAGUAAAGGAAAAGAAGAAACUGUCUAUCGAGAUGCAACGGGUCGACGAAUCGACAUAAGUAUGCGACGUUCUGAAGCUAAGAAAGAAAUGGAUGAAAAAGCACGAAAGGAAUUGGAAGAAAAAGAGGCGCAAAAGGGAGACAUACAAUUAUUAGCCAAGGCGAAAAGAAGAGAGGAGUUAGAUGAAGCGAAGUUCAUGACGGUGGCGAGGGGGGUGGAUGAUGUGGAGAUGAAUGAGGAACUCAAAGAGGUAGAGCGGUGGAAUGAUCCCGCGAUGCAAUUUUUGAGUAAAGAGAAGAAAGGCAAAAGUAGGACGGGAAAACCAUUAUACAAAGGUUCGGCAGCGCCGAAUAGAUACGGCAUUCGACCCGGUCAUCGAUGGGAUGGGGUAGAUAGGGGCAAUGGAUGGGAGGCGGAGAGGUUUAAAGGGGAGAAUAGGAGGGCCAGGAAUAAGGAUUUAGAUUUUCAAUGGCAGAUGGAUACCUAA